CGUCCAUCUCCCAUCUCAAAAUUUUCAAACAGUUGAAUUGUGUAGCUGUGAAAUGUGAAAGAGAACAAGAAAAAAUAAUACAUUUAGUUUUAAAACAAUUGUUAUAUUUUUAUUUUCAUAAUUAUAGAAAUAAAAUGGACAUUAAAAUUAGCGGACUAUUUUUUGUUUGCGUAGUAAUACACGUAAGUGAUGGAGGAAUAUUGAUGAGCUCAUUACGGAAUGUACAACGACAACAAUCCAUGCCAACUGAUGCUUACAACGAAGAUGACUGGGAAUCAGUAUACAGAAUUUAUCAAGGUGAUGACUGGGAUUCUCACGAUGACUACCUCAGUCAGGAAAGAACGGCACGGUACGGGGAUAAAGACGAUUCCCAGUUCCGUAGCUGGAAAUUAGACCAGUGGCAUCAUAGCAAAAUACAAAAGGUUCGUAUAGAACUAUAUGACGAUGGUGACGAGGUAGCCGAGUUCGAGUUUGAAGGCGUGAUGCAAAAUAUGACAAGUUUCUUCAAUCCCAGAAACCUCCGUAAAACAACUUAUGUUGAUAUACCAGUAGAUGGCUCACCUUUCCUGGGAGAUGACUUUAGUUUUGACGGGGAUGACGAUGCCCGUCACUGGACCGUCAGUUCCAUACAUCGAGGAGACUGUCGUACUGACGAAGGUUGGUUUCAGGUUUUAGAUAAACCUAAACCAGGCCGAGACCGAUGUGUAUGUGGAUAUGAGAAUGUCAACAAAUUCCCUACAAUUAUGUACGCUAAAGGGAAUAGAAAAACCAAAUGGAGUGAUCCGCGUAACGUUGGUUAUGCAGACAUGAUGCAGAUUUCUGUAAGUCACGUGCCGUACCCAGUUGCCGUGCAACCAGUUCCCGUGCAAGUUCCACAAGUACCUCAGAUGUCACAAAUGGGUCCGAUGCAGCUCACUCAGGUACCACAGAACCAACAAACACAGUUUCAUAUUCAGGGUGUUUAUAAUCCAUUCGAAACAAAGAAAUAGAAGUGUUUGUUGAAAGACCUAGGUUUAAGGACUGUUUCUGAUCCCUCGGUAUGACGCCUAGUGACGACCAAGUAGAACUCCUGCCAUUCUUAUUUCAACAUGAAUGUAGAGUUUGUUAAAACGUAUUAAAUAAAGUAAUAUGUUUGUUUA